AUGGACCCUUCCUUGUUAAAGCUACUCGAAGAAGACGAGGACGAGACAACGCAUUCCGAAUCUGCCUUGGAGGCAUUACAGGCUGCCUUGCAGCGUGUUUUAGAAGGAGAUACCUCCACUUCUCAGCCGUUUGAUUCAAAUACCGUUUUGUCUCAAGGAAUCGAUCAAACCGGUAGCGUAGAUGGAAGAACCAUCAACUUUUAUAGUCAACAAGCUCCUCAACCUCAAAGUGCCCUGCAGCCAGAGCAGAGUUUUCCAGUAAUAGAGCAAGAGCCUCGUGGAUUCAUUCGUGGGAUUUCGCAACAGCAGCCAAAUGACGUCCUCGAAGAAACCAAUCGACUGCCAAGACAACAGAAAGAAUCCCAAGAUGCAGAACAAAUUGCUGGUCAGGUUUUUCAAAUGACUGGGACGCAGAGUUCUCAAAGGAAUGCUACCCCAGCACGUGAAUCAGGCAGUGAAUCACAAGGUUUAAGAUUAGAGAGGAUGGGUAACCAACAGACCAGAGGUGGAAAAGAAGUACCAUUUGGUGUUUUGAUGCUUACUUUACUGCCCCAACUUAAUAAGGACAAAGCCAUGCAGCUUUCCAUCCUACAUGAUAAAAUGCAGAGAAAUGAAAUUACGAAUGAGGCAUUCGAUCGGCACAUGAGAGAUAUGGUCGGAAAUGAGAAGCUGAAGUUGGCUUAUAACCAGCUGCAAUCUCAAAUGAGUUCCAAUACAUUCCUAUCACCAUCCCCGACCUUUGCACUACAAAACCUUCCGAGGAUGCCAUCUUUUACUGCUGGUAUCCCACGGUUUGCUGGUCCUCUUUCAAUUGGUCAGCUGCCAAAGAAAAGCCCCAACUUCCCUGGCAAUUCAUCUCAUGCAACCUCUCUAGGAGUUUCCAUGCUGAACAAUCCAAGUUAUCCCUCAAUUGGAAAUGAUACUCAAAAUUCUCGAGAGAUGGAUCGCCAAUCAUAUCCUCGCCUUGGAGUACUAAGAAGCCAAAUACCUUCCUCUAGUUCAAGCGCUGUGAAUCAAGGGAGAGAUCACUCUCCAAUUUAUGGGCAAGGACUUAACAAGCAGCAGCAGCAGCAACAACAGUUGGCUUCCUAUUCUCAGCCAGACGUUAAUACUUCAGGAUCCUUUUUGAAGUCACAACCUCAUGAUUCACAAACGAGGCAACUUACUCAUCAUCAAAGCAUGGGAUCAAAUCUUGUAGGAGGGUCAACCCGGGCCAUGGAUAUGAUGAGUGGACCAAUGUUUGAGAGGCAAAACUCUAUGAGUGACCCAACUAGAUUUCAGGGUGGUUCACUUAGUCACAUUUCAAGCAAUCCAGUUCCUUGUCAAGUUUCAGCAAGUAACGAGCUGAAAUCUGGCCCUUUGUUAUCCGUGACAGAUAUAAAGCAGCAAUCUGUUGGUCAUGGUGCUGAGCUGCAGCAAAAGUCACAUUUAUAUACGCCCCAGGGACCGUCUAUUGCACAGGUUGUUCAAGGAAAUGCAAUUCCAGCAACUUCAAAGGAAAAAACUUUAGAGAAGCAGCUGGCUAGUUUUGGCUUCACCACAACGACUAAUAUGACGCCCAUUAAUUCAGUCUCUCCUUCCUUGUCGUCACAGCUGGAAUAUAAUGCUCCAUUGAGCUCUCAGAAUCCAUCAGUUACCUCUCCAGCUAGUGUCAACGCAAGAACACCAGAAAAAAAACCUGAUGUAGGCCAGAAGAAACCACCUGAAGCUCCUGGUCCAUCACCACCUCUGCCAAGUAAAAAGCAAAAGGUAUCCGGGACCUUUUCUGACCAGAGUAUUGAUCAACUAAAUGAUGUCACUGCUGUCAGUGGAGUCAAUCUCCAGGAAGAGGAGGAGCGACUAUUGUCUGCCCCCAAGAAGGACUUUCGAAUUUCUGAAGCAUAUAGAUUGAUUGUGCAUGAAGAAGAAGAAAGAGGGAUUUUGUUGAAAGCUCCUUUGCAGAAGAAAUUGGCUGAAAUUACGGCCAAACUAGGUUUGAAGAAUAUAAGCAAUGAUGCCGAGCGGUGCUUGUCCUUGAGUGUCGAGGAACGAAUGCGUGGACUCAUAUGCAAUUUAAUAAGACAUUCUAAACAGCGGGCUGAUGCUGAGAAGCCUAUGCACCUGAAGCUUAUUACGUCAGAUGUUCGGCAACAAAUCAUUAGAUUGAACUGCAAGGCCAAGGAAGAAUGGGAGAAAAAGCAGGUUGAAGUGGAAAAGCUCCAAAAACUUGAUGAACCUGAAGGCCCUCGAGUUGAUGGCAAUAAGGAGAAAAAUGAAGGUCAAGUAAAAUCACUAAAGAUGAACAAGGAGGAUGAUGGCAAGAUGAGGACCAAUGCUGCAAAUGUUGCUGCACGUGCUGCUGUUGGGGGAGAUGACGUGUUGUCAAAAUGGCAACUUAUGGCUGAACAUGCCCGCCAGAAACGUGAGAAAGAAGCAGAAAAGGGAGGCCUUGUCAGUCCUCUUGCAUCUGGAGCAAUUAGAAAAUUUGGGGCUCGAACUAUUUCUGUUAAGGAUCUAAUUGCAGUUCUGGAAAGGGAGCCUCAAAUGUCAAGGUCAACACUGAUUCAUCGCCUGUAUGACAGAAUCCACUCCAUGGCUGCAGCUUAUUGA